AUGUACUCACUCCAUUUACCAAGAGUCGGCCUGAUAGUCGCAAUCGCAAUCGCGGUCGGCCAGCGGGGGAACAUCCGAAAACGUCAGACAGCUGAAGCACCUCCAUACUUGGCACGACCCGACGCGCUUCUUUCAUCACCAGGCGCGCAACUUGAAUUGACCGAUUCGCCUUUACUCUCCACGACCUGGUCUCUCCAGCGUGUUACUCGUACUACACUACCGCCCUCACCCUCGCCUCCUCGAACAUACUCGCGACUCCUCGGUCUCGGUCCUGCCCGACUUCAUUUCAACCUAACACCUCUUGCGCGCGCCUUCAAGAUGGAGCCCGCACCUCAGGGCACCGCCCCGCAGAGUGGCCUUCCCUCUGGUCGCCAGCAACACUCUCAGCAACAGCCUGUCUAUGAUAUUAGGAAUGGUGGUCACUAUGGUGCUAGCGCAGCGCUUUCGGCACAGGGCUAUGCUCCUGUCGCUGAGCUGUACACGGGUACUUGGGCCAAUGUAAACCAAGGUCUCCAAGGAACAGCCCGCGACAUCCUGACAACAUACUGGCAACACGUUAUCAACCACCUGGAAUCCGAUAAUCACGACUACAAGAUCCACCAGCUCCCACUUGCCCGCAUCAAGAAGGUCAUGAAAGCAGACCCAGAAGUAAAGAUGAUCUCCGCCGAAGCCCCCAUCCUCUUCGCCAAGGGCUGCGACAUCUUCAUCACAGAGCUAACAAUGCGCGCCUGGAUCCACGCCGAGGACAACAAGCGCCGCACCCUUCAACGCUCCGACAUCGCCGCCGCUCUUUCCAAAUCGGACAUGUUCGAUUUCCUCAUCGACAUUGUUCCCCGCGAGGAAGCUACUUCGCACGCCAAGCGCUCCAGCCAAGCUGGUGCUCCCGGUGCUCCCGGAGGACCAGCCGGCGCCGCGGGCCAACUUCAGCAAUCCCAGCAUGGUGUUCAGGCUCACCUUGGCCCGGCGGAUUAUAGUUCUCUGGGUCAACAUGGUAUGCCCCAAGAGCAAGAAUACCGUCCCCAGCAGGCGAUGUACCCCGGUGCUGUGCAGGCAGACCCCACGGCUGCGUAUGGACAGCCUCAGUCUCAGAUGUUUGAUGGAAUGUAUGCGUACCCGCAUCUGCCUCCUCAACAGUAA